AUGGCCCGCGUGAGACGCAAGUGGACGGCAGAGGAGGAUGCUCUCCUCCGAUCAGCUGUCAAGACUGCUCAGGCGGAAUCGCGCCCGCUACUGUGGCGGAAGUUGGCAAAGUGUGUACCUGCACGGACGAACAAAGACUGUCGCAGAAGAUGGUGGAACAGUCUCGCAAAUGGCACGGCCAAGGGCUCAUGGUCCGAGGAAGAGGACGAACGGCUCAUUGCAGCUGUUCGCAGCCACUGGAGCCAGGUGCUGGACCCGAACAUCAAUUAUUGUGAUUGGACUGCCGAAGAGGACGCGAACCUGCUACACGCAGUUCUCACCUACGGCACCAACUGGGCAACUAUCGCAUUUUCGCAUCGUCCCAGCAGGACCACGCUUGCUCUCAGGAAUCGUUACUCGACCCUGCGGCUACAAAACAACAACGACAAGAACAAGGCAAAUGCAGAUACCACUGAGAAGGCACACAAGGAUCUCUCGGCUAUCUCUGAGACUGCCAUGGCGACCUCUACGAAGGAAGUGGACUGGAGCAUGGAAGCCCCAAGAUGCUCCAGUUGGAUUGAAGGUGACAGGGUAGCUCAGUCAAGCGACGAAGAGGACGGAGACGAAGAUGACGGAGACGAGGAUGAAGACGAGGACAACGAGGACGGUGAGAACGAGGACGAGGGGCUCCAUCAAACUAGCCACACCUCCCGCAUGGAAGUCAUGCCCAACUCCCAGGGAGCAAAUCAUGACACCGGGGCGAGGAACAUUCAGAUCCCAGAUUCAAACCUCACAUCAUGGGACACGUGGGCCGCGCGUAGUAUCGUCUCUGCCAAUUCCAUGGAUGAUAAGGCGCAGCCCAUAUCCACGGACAACUCGGCGAUCGACAGGGCGAAUCACAUGCAAUACCAGACUCUACUCGGGCUGAACAGCCCUUCUCAGUACCCGACACCAGGGGAAAGCUACUUCUACAACGUUCCGGAACCAGGCGUAAUGAACACGAGUUUGCCGAAAAGCAUAUAUGACACCAGUCCCAUAGAUAUAAACCUCACUACUUCGCUGAGCACCUUUCACACCCCGUCCCAGCCCGCGACGGCCCCACCUACCCUCAGCAAUAUGACAGGAGCAGAAGCAAGUCCUGCUCAGGCUUCUUCAGCGGACAUGGCUGCCAGCAAGAGCACAAGUAUAAGCGCGGGCACGAGCCCCAGUACGAGUCCCUCGACUCAGAGCUUAGACUUUCAAUCGGCAAUUAUGUAUCAGGUAUCUAUCAGCAUGGCGUGCACACGCGCACAGUUGGACGCCAACAUGGUCCUUCUAGUCGGCAUGGGGACAAGUGUGACGAUACAGAUUGAUAAAAAGUCAUAG